AAUUAAAAAGUGAAGUGUUGAGAAAUUAAGCUUAAAAUGAAAUCCAAAAAUAAAAAAAUUAUUUCGCUUUCGGCUCUAACUAGAAGUAUUUAAACGGCAUAUUAAACAUUUGCAGACGAAAAAUCUACGGUACAUACAUAUGUAGUUGGUUGGGUUGUUCACGUGCGGGCUUAUAAUUUUUUUACAUGCCAAACAUAAAUAUGUAUGUACAUAAUUGAAAAAAAAAAUCGUGUCAAAACGCCACGGAUAAAACAACCAAGACCCCAGAUCUUAAAGGUUGGAGCUUGGCUAUCGGAACGACUACAACCGCAACAACAAGAUCUAUAUCCAGUGGCGAUUUGAGGCAAAAUCAAAGCCACAACUCGAAAGUGGCACAAUAAAUCACAAACAUUAAUAAAACUGAUGCAGAAACAAUUGGAAAGCAUCAAAGCGGUCAUAUUUGACAUAAAGAAUAUCAAUUACACGAGUAAACACGCUGUCAGGUGUCCUGCCUGCCGCAUCGAUAAGCGGUCCCCUAAUAAAAAGCGCUGGUCGUGAGGGAAUUGCCUGUGAAACGUUUGUGUGGUUGUGUUUCGCUGUGUUACGCUGGUCGCAACAUUCUAGAUUGAAUUAUUACUACCACGGUUGUCACAACUGUUUCUUUAAAAGCACAACGAAACUCACGAACACACCUGACAAUAAUACAAUAAAAAAAACAAAAUACGAUAAUGUUAGAAUGGUAGAGGGAGGCAAACAAAACUCAACAAAAAAAAAAAAACGGUUAGCGUAAGCAAGUCGAAAAUAAAGUGCAAGUUCUGAACCUCAGUAAGGAUUCAAUUAAAGUUGUGUAUUUAAGUGAGAGCAUAGCUUUGUUGGUAUUACUGUCGAAGGUAAGCCCCAAACAUCUUUCAUCCGUCGCUCAGCGAAAAGAAAGAAAGCUGGUACAUAUUACGUAUGCAUGUAUGCAUGUAUGCAUGUAUGUACGUGCGUUAGUGUUCGAAUAACAAAACAAAUAAAUUCUACAUGCAAGUAUUUAAGUGAAACAGUUACAAGACAGUUUUCUCAAAAAAGUGCACCUUGCCAUGAAAGACAAAUAUUAACAAUAACGGUAAAUAAUUACCACUAAAUGUAACGAUUUGCCCACGGGAAUAGUGAAACGGCACUUAAGGGAGAUCGCCGACAUUGGUCAUGUAACUAGGUGACCAGGUAUACAAUAAAACAAGGGCAACAAAAAGUUUCCAAAGAAGUCGAAUUGUUUAAAAUCGAUUUUAUAUUGAGUUGCUGUUGUGUGUUCGAAGAUAUAUAUAUAUAUAUAUACAUAUAUAAAAGGAAUAUAGCCUGCUCGCAGAAAUCGUGAAAAUUUGAAACAAAAUGGCAAUGGAAUGGAUAACAGCGAUGGACAAGCGUCCUUGUGAUCGUAAUUUAAGAGAUGCUGAACUGAUUUCCUGUCGUUUGAGACGUGUGGAGCCAUUAUGUCGUUUGCCCGGUUCGGCAUUACAGCAGUUGGCCAUGUGCGGCUUUUAUGAAGAUUUGGAGAAAGGUGUGACAUUAUUUCGAGCUGGCGAGCAAGGUCGCUUUUGGUAUGCCGUUCUAGGAGGCUCACUUGAAGUUCGCUAUCACGCUCCAGAUACUGACGGAAAGGCGCCUGUAACAUUGUGCAACCUCGGGGUGGGCGCUACAUUCGGUGAAUCCAUAUUGCAUGAUCUUCCGCGGGACAGCACUGUCGUCACAAAAACCACCUGCGAACUGCUUCGCGUGGAGCAACAGGAUUUUCGUCUCAUCUGGGAGAAGAAUAAAGAAUUAAUGAAUGAUAUAAUCACCAGCUGCAAAUUGAAGAAUGGAUUCGGUUCCGGUGUAUCACCAGUUGCGUCAUCGCCAACUAAACGCCCAUUAAGUCCAGACCAUCCGAAUCCCGCAUUACCAAUUACCGAGUCACCGAGUCCUAAUAUGAAUCGGAUGGGAUGGGCUCUGCGUAUUCUUCUCGUCGCUGAUAGCUCAAGUUGUCUGAGGGAUAGAAAAGUUGCUGGAAAAUUAAUACGGAAAUGUGCACCUGGCACCGAAUUAGUGGACUGGCUGGUGAAUUUAUCAUCCAUCGUUCACACCCGCGCCCAGGCAGCUGGUAUGUGGCAAGCGCUGCUCGAAGAAGGAGUGCUAUCGCAUGUUAAUAAAGAGCAACCUUUUAAGGAUAAAUGUUUCUUAUAUCGGUUCCGUGUUGACGAGGAGGGCACAGCUGGUGGAUACCCAACUACCGAGGACAUUAAUGCGGCCAAUGACUAUAUCCGCGAGUCUCUCAGCACGCUUUUUCAACGAAGCCCGGAUGCAACACUGCGAAUGAUUUUACGCAAACCAUCUCACGAACGCACUCCUGAAGAAUUGGAAUUGAUAUUUGAGGAGCUCCUUCAUAUCACCGCUCUUUCACACUUGUCGACGAGCAUUAAGCGUGAGCUGUCUUCCAUAAUUGUUUUUGAAUCGCAUGCUCAGGCCGGGACUAUACUAUUUAAUCAGGGCGACGAAGGUCGAUCCUGGUAUAUUUUGCUCAAAGGCUCAGUGGAUGUUGUGAUACAUGGCAAAGGCACUGUGGCAACUCUUAAGACUGGUGAUGAUUUUGGUAAACUCGCUUUAAUAAACGACGCGCCCAGAGCUGCUACGAUUGUCCUGAAGGAAAACAAUUGCCAUCUACUCCGCGUUGAUAAGGAACACUUCAAUCGCAUUUUGCGCGAUGUGGAGGCAAACACUUUGAGGCUGCAAGAACAUGGCAAGGAUGUACUAGUGUUGGAGCGAGUGGCCAAGCAGCGCGGACAACAUUCCGCAUUUAAAUAUACGGUCAUGUCGGGAACACCAUCCAAGAUGUUGGAGCAUUUGCUGGAAACUCGUCUUGGCGGUCAAGUCAGCGGUUUGGAUCCCUUUCUGGACGAUUUUUUGCUCACUCACAUUGUUUUCAUGCCGGUUGUGCAACUAGUGGAUGAAUUGGCUAAUUAUUUUCAUUGUGAUUCGAAUGAUGGCUCGCAAACACCCGAGGAUCGGGAGUACAUAAUCAAUUUCAAGAAGCGCGUUGUGCAAUUCAUGCAAAAAUGGGUGAUGGCCGUGCGGCAUGCCGCUUUCGAUGAGCCAAGUGUCUGUGAUUUUAUUGAGGAUUUGGCCGCUGAGAUAGAGGCUGAUUCAGAAUUGAGUGAGGAGACGAGUAUCAUACACAAUGUUUUAACACAAAUGGCCCGCUACCAGGAGGACCGCAACCAAAAUGCCGGACAGAAAUGGAAGCUACCGCCAAAUGGCCAACCCAUUUGCUUAUUCAGUGGCAAUGCCACGCCAUCAAAAACCGUUAUAAGACCUGAUGACGACAUUAUAUUCCGAGUAUAUUGCGCGGACCACACCUAUUGCACAUUACGUUUUCCUUUGCACACCACCGCCGAGCUGAUAAAAGCCUGCGCUGCCGACAAGCUACAGUUAAAUCGAGGACCAGAAGAUCUAAUAUUAGUGGAAGUCAAAUCGAAUGGAGAGCGCUCGGUCUUCAAGGAUAACGAUGUCAGCAUUCCUACUGGCCUUAGUCUGAACGGUCGGCUUUUCGUUUCUGUGAAGGAUCACUUGGAUGCCUUGACACCUCUACCCGAACAAGAGGCUCCAACAGAGGGCAUGGAUGUCGAUUUGGAAAUAUUAAGCACCAAGGAAAUAGCCUACCAAAUAACACUUUUCGAUUGGGAUCUCUUCUGGGCCGUACAUGAGUACGAACUUCUCUAUCACACAUUUGGGAGGCACCACUUUGGAAAGAUUACCGCCAAUUUGGAUGUAUUUUUGCGCCGAUUCAACGAAUUACAAUACUGGAUUGUAACUGAAAUCGUGUCAACGAGUAGCAUGAGUAAACGUGUCGGCUUGUUGAGAAAAUUCAUCAAACUCGCUGCAUACUGCAAGGAAUAUCAGAAUUUAAAUGCUUUCUUUGCCGUCGUUAUGGGACUCUCAAAUAUGGCGGUUUCACGUUUGAGUCAAACGUGGGACAAAAUUCCUUCAAAAUUUCGAAAACUGUUUCAGGAAUUCGAGGCUCUCAUCGAUCCCAGCCGCAAUCACCGCGCUUACCGUGUCGUUGUUGGCAAACUACAGCCACCUGUUAUACCGUUUAUGCCACUUUUGCUCAAAGACAUGACAUUCGCUCACGAGGGAAACAAAACGAGCUUGGAUGGACUGGUUAAUUUCGAAAAGAUGCAUAUGAUGGCACAGACAAUGCGCACAAUUCGAUUUUGUCGUUCACGUAGUUUGGGCCUUGAGCCACCAUCACCAAAGAGUGAAGCAGAAGUACGCCCCUACAUAAGUUGCCUGCGUGUUAUUGACAAUCAGCGGGUUCUAACGGCUCUGUCACAAAAAAUAGAACCGGCUCGCAAGACCUAAGGACAGGUACAGCAACGCAAUAAGCCAUAAGUUCAAAAGGGCAAAUAUCAAAAGCGUUACUAUUGGAAUAAUUCAGGCAACAUUUAACAUCCUCUAAGAUUGAGUCAACUAACUAUCCUGGAAAACUCCUUGCCCGAUACAUACAAAUUCAAGCCAAAUUUUUAUUAUCAUCUUAUCUAUAAACACAUGUGUAUGUAUAUGUACAUACGUAUGUACACUUAAACAAUUUAACAUGUAUUCAUGUGCAUGUACAUAUACUUGUAAAUGUACAUACAUACAAGCGUAGACAUAGAUAUUUUAUCGAAUUAUCGAAUUUCAACAUUUUACGCAUUUAAUGCAUUCUACAUAGUUUUCUUGCAUUUUUACACACAUUAAUUUCUUAUUUUGUGUAUAAUUUAGAAAAAAAUUUUAUUAUUUAUUUAGUCAAUGAUUUUACAUAUACAUACAUAACACCACAAAAAUUAGAAGUGUAUUCAUAUUAUUUACUAUAUGUAUGUAUGUAUAUUAGACUGUGUCAAAUAAAACGACUAAUUUUUAACCGACUUCACA